CAACAGGUUGCUACUGACGAAUUGCAUUAGUAACGUCAUUUGCAAUAUCGUGUUCGGAAUGCGAUACGACUACGGAGACCGCGAAUUUCAAGUGUUAUGCGACAUUGCCAACCAACAAGUGGUGGACCUGGAUCCAGUCAGUCCAGCCAACCAACUACCAUUUCUUCGCAAUUUUCCACCAUUUAAAGGACAAUUCGAGAGAUUUAGAAAAAACAAUAGAACCAUCUCUGACAUUCUACAGAAACAUAUUGACACUCACCUUGAAAAGCAUGAUCCAGAGAAUGCUAACGAUUACAUAGAUGUCUAUCUGAACGAAGUGAAAGCAAGCGAGGCGCGUGGAGAGGAUUACUUCAAUUUGGACCAGCUGCGCAUAGUUAUAUUUUCACUCUUUGGUGCUGGAUCGGAGACGACCUCCACCACUCUGCGCUGGGCGCUCUUGUUCCUUGUCAAACACCCGGAUGUAUACAAGAAAGUACAGGCAGAAAUUGAUGACGUAAUUGGACGCGGCCGUCUGCCAUCUAUGAGUGAUAAAGCAAAAAUGACAUACACGGAAGCCACAAUCUUUGAAAUCCAACGUUUAGGAAACAUUGUACCGCUGUCGAUUCCUCAUGUGUGUACGGAAGCAUUCGAGUUGAACGGCUACAACAUCCCAGCUGAGACAAGGGUGUUGGGCAACUUGACGGCUAUCAUGAUGGACCCUGCGUACUUCCCUGACCCAGAAAGGUUUAACCCGGUCGGCGCGUAUGCUUAG